UUUCAAGAUGCCUCAGGAGACUACAGUCGGGCGCCAUCCGUUGGAAGCCAAAGCUGUUGGCGUUCUUCAGCAUGGGAAACGAAAGAUUAACAUGAUAUCAAUUCUGUGGUCCGACCACAAUGACAUAGUCAUCUACCGGACGUUUGAAGAGUUCAAAAAGAUGCACCGACAAUUAAGAAAAAAAUUCCCGUUGGAAUCCGGGUUACUCCGAAAAUCAGAGAAUAUGAUCCCCAAACUAAGAGAUGUGCCGAUCUUCAGGAAGAACAGGAGAAGCAGUCGAUUUAUAGAAAGGCUGAUGUUACUGGAGAAAUUUUCCCAGGAACUUUUGAAAACCGACAACAAACUCUCGCAAUGCAACGUAGUGAUGAUGUUUUUCACGCCCACCAACAGUGACCUCAAUGCCACCUUCCCCGAAAACAGCAUGGUGAUAAUGCCAUCCGAAGUAAGAGAACUGCAGAAAAGCGAGCAGCCAAAACAACUACCGCAACCACCAGUCUGUGAACCCAUUGUGUCCCAAAUGUACUCUUGUAUCGAAGACUACGAGACCAAGGACACCAAGAACCGGCCCUUCAAAGUCAAGCGCAAUGAAAAGCUGGGAGUGCUGAUCAAGGAGAGUUCAGGGUGGUGGCUGGUGGAGAACGAGGAGAAGAGAUUAGCCUGGUUUCCAGCUCCUUUCCUAAAGACAGUAGAGGAGAAACAAGACAUAGAUUCGGAUACAGAAUCAGAUGACGAAGGAGUCCGUUACUAUGCGACAUCAUCUUAUGAAGCUAUGAGCUGCGAUGAGUUGUCCUUCUCCAGAGGAGUCCUAGUAGAAGUCAUAGAGAAGUCAAACAAUGGAUGGUGGCUGAUCAGGUAUAAUGGAAAAUCUGGGUACGUUCCAGCGAUGUACUUGAAACCCUACCGACACUGUCACCAGCUUGAAAACAUGAUGAAGCAGGGAAAAUCCUCCUCUAUGGAAAACCUCUUCAAAGCCAGCAGUACCUUGGAGAUAAGCAGACCAGAAGAAUCUUGGAGGAAGGACAAUCAUUUUAAUGAUGCUAAACAAGCUUCUAAAGACAAGCUGGACCGAAGAAAAUCCAGGUCAAUGAGUGGUCUUUCUGUGAAUACACAAUAUGGCUUCCAACACCCUCCUACUGCAUUACUACCAAGGCAAAAAGUCGGGGCGGCGAUUCCAAGCGCUGGAGCAGAGCUGAAACCUAAGGCAGAAGAAGUCAUCAGAGAUCCACCUCUUGCCUCCGACCACCCAGUAGCCAUAAAAGAGCCGCCCAUACCACGUCCGAGGAAGAUAAGUAUAGAAACUCCAGCCAUGGAAAGCACCCCAAAGCCUCAUGUCUCUGGAAUUACCCCUCGGGUUCCUCAGCGACCCAGACCGCAUGAAAUUCUCAACAAGUGUACAUCUGCAACAAGGACAGCCAUCAAGAAAAAGCAGGGUGCUAUCCUAUACGGCUAAGGCUACUUUCACACUCGCUUUUAUUUGCGGAUCCGUCCUGGAUCUGCAAAAACGCCUCCGUUACCAUAAUACAACCGCAUGCAUUCGUCAAGAACGGAUCCAGUUGUAUUAUGUCUU